CAGCAAGGCAGGCGCAUUCAUCAUUCACGUCUCUUCCACAUAAGAAAAACUACAGCAUCGAUCUUGCAGCACAGGCUUCCCUACAAUCUAGCAACAUGGCAGCCAUUACAAACACAAAAGCACCAAAGCCUACUUUGUUUAUAGACGGACAAUGGACACAUUCUUCUUCCGGACAGAGUAGACCAACGAUCAAUCCAUUUGACGCAUCAAUCAUCACGCAUGUCGAUGAAGCAAAUGCACAAGAUGCCGAAAGAGCAAUUCAAUCUGCACGCAAGUUCCAGGAUACAUCUGAUUGGUCUUCAAGAACGUUCGCUUCUCGUGCACCUUUGUUGAAAAAGAUUGCUGAAUUGUUACAAAAGAAUAAGGCGGAAUUAGCAAAGAUUGAAACGAUCGAUACAGGAAAAACGAUUGGAGAAUCAGAGAUCGAUAUUGAUGAUGUUACGGCGGUUUUUGAAUUUUAUGCUGAAGAAGGAAUAAAAUAUGAUAAACCCAAAGUGAUCACAGGUAAAGGAAUACCUGAUACAGUAACCAGUCAAGUAACAAAGGAGGCCGUAGGAGUUUGUGUGUUAAUCUCACCUUGGAAUUAUCCUUUGUUGCAAAUCUGCUGGAAACUUGCGCCUGCAUUGGUUGCAGGAAAUAGUUGUAUCGUGAAACCUUCAGAAGUGACACCACUCUCAACAAUUUAUCUACACAAGCUCAUGCUGGAAGCUGGAGUUCCUCCUCAGGCAAUUCAAAUAUUGACGGCUGGUGGACAGAGUGUAGGCCCAACGCUAACAACGCAUCCUUCAGUGGAUCUUGUAAGCUUCACAGGUGGACUUGCAACGGGAAGAUCGAUCAUUCGCAGUUGUGCAGAAACGGUGAAAAGAUGCUGUGUUGAAUUAGGAGGAAAGAAUCCAAAUGUGAUCUUUUCGGAUGUUCCUUUGGAUAUUGCUAUUGAUAUGGCUUUAACUGCAGUCUUUGUUCAUUCAGGUCAAGUUUGCAGUUCGGGCGCUAGGCUGAUCAUUGAAGAUAAAGGAUCGUUUGCAAAUGAUGUCGUUGCAGGCGUUGUUGAACGUGCUCAACAAAUCGUUCUAGGGAAUGGAUUAGAACAGGGUACGGAAUGCGGACCUCUAGUCUCUGCUGCUCAUUUGGAAAAAGCAAAAGGUUUUAUCGAAGUUGGAAAAUCAGAAGGAGCAAAAUUGCUUUGUGGCGGUAAACAAGCGGAAGAUCCUAAAUUGUCAAAAGGAUACUUUUUCCUGCCAACUGUAUUCGACCAAUGUGAUCGAUCGAUGAAGAUCGUACAAGAAGAAACAUUUGCACCUAUCCUUACCGUUGAAAGGUUCAAAGCAGGCGAUGAAGAAAGAGCAAUCUUUUUGGCAAAUGAUACGAAUUAUGGUCUAGCUGCCGGUAUUCAAACAGCCGAUAAAGAUCGAUCGCUAAGGAUAGCAAAACGUUUACGACAUGGUACCGUUUGGCAAAACACAUUUGGAGCUUAUACACCAAGAGCUGAAUGGGGAGGAUUUGGAUGGAGUGGUAAUGGACGUGAAUUGGGCAGUCAUGGUUUGGACGAGUACGUUGAAUCGAAACACAUUUAUGCAGAGAAGGAUCUAGGCAUGAUGGGAUGGUUCCAGGAUAGACGUAAAGCAAAGGCUAAGCUUUGAGCAAAGGGGUUAUUUAUAUUUUUCACUGCAGUAUAUCUUUGUAAUUAAUCUUUCGCAAAUCUUUCAGUAAUACAUUGGGGUUGUUUUUACUAAUAUACAUCAAAAAGCGUCU